UCUCUUUCUUCACUGCUCCUUAUCCUCAAUUCCUCACCCCUCACCUCUUUGGGUGUUAAAGCCUUGUCCUCUAAAACCCUUCUUCUUCUUCUUCCUCUUCUAUCUCUUCUAUCUCUUCUAUCUCUUCCUUUCGAUUCAGUAAUGGCUUCUUCUUCAGCCACUUCCCUUUUCAAGCCUUUAUCCAAGCCGGAUUCUUGCUUUCUCUCUUUACCUUCUCUAUUCACCGGCAGACCCCCACAUACUUUCCUCUCUUUCCCUUCAAAAUUCAUCCCCUUUCAUCUUUCCUCUUCGUCUUCCUAUUCUUCAGGCUUUUCCCCUUCGAAGAAGAAACCCCAUCUUCCCUCUGUAGCUCAAACUUCCGACUGGGCUCAAGAAGAUGACACUAUCACCAUUGACCCAAAACUCGACAACGACGAAAAUGGGGGAGAAGAAGGCGGCCCCCAUUGGGAAAAUGAAGAGCUCAGUGAAACUGAGUCUCGUAUUUCUGAUUGGGAAGGUGAAGGUGAAGAUGGAGGAAGUGAGGCUGAAGUAGGAGGAGAUGAAGAAGAAGACGAAGAAGGGGAACAAGGACCUUAUGAAGAGCCAAACGAAGAUGCUAAAUUGUUUGUUGGGAAUUUGCCUUAUGAUAUUGACAGUGAAAAGUUAGCAAUGCUCUUUGAGAAGGCUGGAACCGUGGAGAUUGCUGAGGUUAUUUACAACAGAGAAACAGAUCGGAGUCGUGGUUUUGGGUUUGUGACAAUGAGUACUGUUGAAGAAGCCGAGAAAGCUGUGGAUACCUUCAACCGUUAUGAUUUAUCCGGGAGGCUAUUGACUGUUAAUAAGGCUGCUCCAAGAGGUUCAAGGCAAGAACGCGAACCUCGACCAUUCCAACCCACUUUCAGAAUCUAUGUAGGCAAUCUUCCAUGGGAUGUAGACAAUGGACGCUUGGAGCAACUCUUUAGUGAACAUGGUAAAGUAGUAGACGCUCGGGUUCUUUAUGACCGAGACAGUGGCCGUUCUCGAGGCUUUGGCUUUGUGACCAUGGCUGAUGAAACUGGAAUGAAUGAUGCCAUUGCUGCUCUGGAUGGACAGAGUCUAGAUGGAAGGGCAAUCAGAGUAAAUGUUGCUGAGGAAAGACCAAGGCGCAACUUCUGAGCCUAACCAUGAUGAAUCCAAAAAAAAGCCCUUUUCUUCUUCUAUUGUUCUAUGUUCCUUUUUUUUCCUUUUUGUUUUCCCAGAAAGUAUAGGUGAGUUUUGUAGUGCCAUUGUUUAGCCACCUUAUUACAGUGUAAUUUUAUUUCUUUUAUGCUUCUAAAAUUUCAAGUUUUCUAUUAUUUUGGAUAAUGUACGAUUUCCAAGUUUCGUGCGAUACCCUUCUUUAGUCCUUUUGAUUUAUCAAUUAGAAUUGUGUCAAUGUUUUGAUA